CUCAUCUACAGAGCAGCUUUCCUGGGACCGGAACCCGUACAUGGCUUCUUCGCCAGAAUCUCCUCCCGAAAGUCUCCAAGCCAUCCCAACCAGCGUUCCACAACGCAGACAGCAAAAUAUCGCCCAGGAGGGACACGAGAGCCUAGGCGCUUGGCUGCAGGCCCUAGGUGCCUUUCUCGUCUACACAGCAACAUGGGGUCUACUGAGUGCCUAUGGCUCAUACGAAAAGUACUAUGAGACAAAUAUGUUGUCUUCCACGCCCUCAACCACAAUCGCGUGGGUCGGCACACUACAAGGUGUCAUUCUCAUUUUGGGAGGCGUCGUAACCGGUCCGAUCUUCGAUCGCGGAUACAUCAGAGAGCUCUUGACUAUAGGCACAAUAACCACGGUAUUGGGCGUCAUGAUGUUGAGUUUGGCACAGAAGUACUAUCAGAUCCUCCUGGCACAGGGCAUUUGUGUCGGUAUCGGAAGCGCAAUCCUAUACGUGCCUAGCAUCAGUCUCGUUGCGUCGAAGUUUCAACAACGUCGCCCCUUAGCCAUGUUCAUUGCCACCUCAGGGACUGCAUUUGGUGGGAUAAUUUACCCCAUCAUCUUCUCCAGACUCCAGCCCAAACUUGGCUUCCCGUGGGCAACUCGAGUCCUCGGUUUCGUGACACUGGGCGAAUUAAUUAUAGCUAUGGCUAUCAUGUUACCCGGUACUAAGGGCAAGGCUCCCAAUGAUGUCCGCUCCCUCCUGGAUCCCACAGCAUUCCACGACCCAGCCUUUAUGACUUUCUGCGUAGCUCUAUUCCUCAUGUGGAUCGCCUACUGGGUCCCUUUUUUCUUACUUCCUACCUUUGCUGAAUUCAAAGCCGGCGCAGGCUCAAAUUUGCCCUUCUACAUCCUGGUCAUUUGCAAUGCAUCAACCAUUCCAGGACGGUACCUGGCGGUGCCACUCUCAACUCGAUUCGGGCCCGCGCUUACCAUGGGCGGCUUUGCUCUGGCAUCCAGUGUCCUCCUUUUCGGCUGGAUUGGUGUUAAAUCGGUUGCUUCCACUAUAGUUUGGGCGGUGCUCAUCGCUCUGUUUAUGGGACCGCUAGCAGUUUUAUAUCCGAUUAUUGUGCCGCACCUUUCGCCAGAUAAAAAGCUCGUUGGUACAAGGAUCGGUAUAUCAUCAGCUGCUGCGGCUCUGGGAACACUGGUCGGCUUUCCAGUUACGUCUGCCUUGAAUGAUAUUGAGAAGGGGCUAUUCUGGAAGAGCCAGGCUUUGAACGGUUGUUGCAUGUUUGGUGGGGCCGUUUUGAUGAUAUACGUCUAUUAUAAGAUGCCCCGAGCGACGUGAGCAUUGCAGCGCACCAGAUGCUUUGGGAGGUUACUUUCGCUUAUUUCUCAAGGGUUGCUAACACAGCCUCAAGCAUGGAGCACAGAAAAUGAAGGCGUGAACUUUCUAUUCACGAAAGGGACUUGUAGACAUGAAAUCAGUUGUCAGAAGCGCUCACUUUCAAGAGAAACCAUAUUUGUUUUCGUAACUAGGACUAUGGAAUUUAGGAUCUGAAACGUGCUCUGCCCACGGGCUCUGGAACAGCAUUAUGCCGCAGCUUUUGGGUAGCUGAUCACGGUUUUCUUGCGCUGACCAAUUGAACACCAUUUAUCCCUACUGCCUUAGCUCAAAGCAACAAUUGGCUCAUGCCUGUUCUGGAUUGCUUGAGAAAGACGGCCCGGUAGGCUUUGAUGGCCAGGAGGCAGACAUUAUACAUUGUUCGU